CUCCCCACCUGUAUCAAUUGAACAAGUGGGCGGUCUCUCUUUCUGUCUCACCUGCUUAUUUCCAAGCGAUUCCCAGGAAAAAGAAAACAAUGGACCACCAGGCGCUGAGAGCUAAUGAGUCUGCGCUGAAGUGAGAACAUUUCGCAUUGUCGUGUUAUUGGUGACUGAUUACUUGUGUGGAAGUUGGGGAGGUCUGCUUUUGUCAUGACUCAGAAAAGCAGGAAACUCUCAGUGGGCAGUUCAAUCGUGGAUGAGCUCUCCCCUCUUCUCACGAGAAGAGGCAACAAGAAGAAGUGCAGCCGGAGCCUGAGCCUGAAUUUGGGGAAUGUCAAACAGCAGCAGGGCAGGUGGCUAAAUCAGAGCUUCAGAAUGAGCAACAGGGACCAGACCACAGCAGGAGAUUAUCUUAGCAGAUCGGAUGAGCUCGCCAUCACUCAUAGCUACAUAAAGUACAAUAAAACCUUCCACAAACUGUUUCAAGAGAUCCCCGAGGAGGAGAGACUGACACACACGUUUACCUGUUCCUUGCAGAGGGAGGUCCUGUAUCACGGAAAACUCUUUGUUUCGGAGAACAACGUGUGCUUCUACUCAUCUGUGCUGCUGAAAGAGACCAAGGUGGUGAUUGCCAUUUCCAGUGUGAAGGAGAUAAAGAAACAUAACCCAACCCUGUCUGUGCUGUCUGUGCUAACAUCCAGCGGAGAGAAGUAUUUGUUUGCAUCAGUGAGGAACUAUAGUGUCUGUUGCAAACUCCUUCAAAGCCUCUGCUGUCAGCCUCAGGAGAGCAGCCCAAGCAGCAGCCCUUACCUGUCCUCUGCAGAGAUUGAGCAUGACGCGGUCUCCAGCCUUUCCAGUUUAGAGGACAGUUUCGAGAACGUUGUUCUCAGCGACAGCAUUUCUCCGAUCGACGGUGGAGCAGCUGACGGCACAUGCAAGUCCGCACAGGGAGGCGGUUUUACAAAUGAAACUGACAGAGCUGGGUCAUGGAUUUGGAGGUUCCUUGAGAAAGUUACACUUUUAUUGUUCUUCAGAGAAGUUCUGAGUCUAAGAGUUGUCUUCCACAUCUUCCUGGUCCUAAUGUUGUUGCUGCUCUUGGUGUCCGGCUACAUCGGGCUGAGGAUCACCGCUCUGGAAGAGCAGCUGAGCUCUCUAGGAGCCCUGGCCGAACUGUCUUCGCACUACGCAGAGUGAGUAAAGUACCAGGAAACAUAAACACCUGUAACAAAGGCAUCUCGACAAUAACACAUACUGACUUUAAUAAUGUAUAUUUAAAUGGAACAUGCAUUUUAUUUUUUCAGUAUUGCACACAAAUACUUUUCACAACAGAAAGUAAACUCCUGUUUAUAGUUGAUGUUCUACAGCUAAUCUUAAAGGUACUUCUGGGUUCUCUAAAACCCAGAAGUACAUGGGUUGGCUGUCUGUUUCAGUGUACCAAAGGUUUCUAAAGGUUACCUCCACAAAUUUCUGUCAUACAAUUGUUAAAAUCAACCUCGUACUUCUACCAAUCCAAUCCUUGAAAUGUGUGGAAUAUACUGGAGUUCUGAUAAGUGUGAUCUUGGCUUCAUUAAGACCCAAAGCGUUUAAAGGUGCAUUAUUCACAACAGACAAUAUAGACAAUAUUUCCUUUUAUUUAACUGACAGACUUAGCACAGUUUUGACAGGAGUAACUUAGUGCUGCCCUUCCCCCACUUGUUGUUGUACUGGGGCUAAAAGAUGGUGCUUUUAUCAAGGUGUGCGGUUUGUAAAAAUGCAGUUGGGAAAUUAACAAUAAAUCAGUCGACAGGCAGAUGCCAAAGGUACUAAACUAGCUCAUAUCAGUGAGGUGUAGUUAAUAGUUAACUUCUAUAACUGCAGAAGUGCAUAGUAGUCGAAUGAGAUUAAUGAUGACUAAUUUCAUUGAACUACUUAACAGGUCUUUGCUUAAAUCUAUUAAAAAUAAUGUUAUGCAUAUAUUAUAACUCUAGAAUUGUUAUUUUAGUAGCUAUGUUUGUUCCACCAAAUAGAUCAUAUUUCACUUUUAUAUUUGGUGUUUGUUUUUCUUUAAAGUGAAUACUAUAAAACUAUAUUAGUUUUACUCAAGUUGGAAUCGCAAACUGGGCCAUGCCUAACCAGUCUGCAUGUGAGCAUCAGAAGCUAACAAAGAAGCUGGAAACAACUAGCGCACCUUGGCAGUGAUUUUUUUAUUUAUUUUUUAUGUUGCUUGGAUCAGCUAUUUUUGAAAAUCGAAGCGCAGACUCGGUCUAACUCAGCCGAAAUAUAAACUCGCUAGGUUUUUAAUUUUAAGCCCCACAUACAAUGGUGUUGUUCUUUUAUUGCACCUUUCGAAUUGAUGUACUUCAGCCUGUUAAUGACAACUUCUGACCACCAGAGGGCAGUAAGCCACUACAGAUUUAUUAAAGCCAGAGUAGCAAUGGCGUCCGAUUUUGCUUUAGCGACCUUACGUUUACCCCCCCAAAAAUAAUUAAUACGUAGAAACCAAAACCAUCUUAAGAUUCUUUAAACAUUAAUAUAAGAAGGGUCAAAUUUUAGGUUUUUAUUUACUGUUGGCAAAUUGUUUUUCACAGUUGAAGAAUUUUCUGGCACCAAUUGUGUAAAAUAUGUGUAAAAUAUGUACUCUACAGUAUGAAUUUAAUGCAUAAUUUAAAGCUGAUUUCUUUUAACGGAAACUUACCGUUUUUACAAGAAUCCCUAACAUUUUCAUUCAUUACUUCCAACAUGGCAGCAGUCUUAAAUGCACAAAUAUUUGCCUGCCUUUGUGACUGCAUAGUGGAAUAAAUGUUAAUUUAUGGACUGUAAGUAAUAAUAAUAAAAAAAAUCACCCAAUUUCA